AUGAAUCGAGUGGCGAGUUAUUCACCUUGCUGGGUGCGCGGCAGCAAGAUCGAGGAAAUAGUUUGGAUCGACAGAGACGUGCUCGCCUGGUGCACCGGUCUGUACAUCGUGUUCUUCCACGUCGUCAAAAGGCAGCAAACGUUAUACUGGUGCUGGAACAAUGCGACCGGUGAUGGUGCUCGCUGUAUAUCUGGUCACGCGUCCUCGCCGAUUUUCGCCUUCUCCGAGAGAUCGCUGAAUCCGCGAAUCCUCAUACUCGCAUAUCCCUCGAUGACGAGAAUCUGCGAGUGCGUUGAUGGAUGCAACAGCGGCUAUCUGGCGAUCGCGUUCACGCCGGAUAAUUACCUUGUAUCGCUGGGCUCGUACCCGAAUUUCCCGAUGAUCGUGUGGUGCUGGAGAACGGGGGAGAAGAUCGCGAUAGUCGAUACUUUUAUACGCGACGAGGUCGGUCAGAUGAUCAGAAUAACUCGCGCGGGACGCACCGUCGUCGGUCAAGUGGGAAAGACCUGCGGAAAGUUGUUUACCUGGGAGCUCGAUGUUGUCAAUAAAAUCGUCAUCUUAAAAGAUCACGAGGUGAAACUGCCGGGAGAAGCUAUGAUUCGCGGGAUCGACUGGUGCCCGGGCACGCCGAACGACCCUCUGUUGGCCAUCACCGACGUGGACGGUCACGUAUACCUGAGCAACUGCGACGGUACCAACGUCCUCCGCGUUGUUGUCUCGCAACACUGCGGGAUUUGCGCGGAAGUUGAGAUACCGGCUGUGUGUUGGUUUCGCGGUGGUAUCAUUCUUAGGACGACCUUCUGUCAGAUCCGCUACUACAAGAAAGAGCCGUCGAGCGACGUUUGGCGCAAGCGAUGGUACGUCAAGUCGAUCUACCAGCCCCAUAUCCUGGUCGCGCAUCCCUCUGGGAAUUCGCUCUUCUACGACACCCUCGAGGGUUAUCUGAUGCAGAUGGUGUUCCCCGAGGAUGGGAACACCACGCCGACGAUCCACAGGUACCUGCACCACGGCAGCAAGUACCGCUUCGUCGAUUUCUUGUAUCCUUGGUGCCACCACCUCGCGGCGACGGGCGAUCUUAGGGACUUGACCAUCCUCGAGAGCUAUAGCGGCAGUGAGAUCUCCAAAGUGGAGCUCGACAUUGAAGGCGGCGUGUCGGCUCAAGUCACGCAUCCGGAUGAUCCGUUGAUUGUCGUUGUCAGCGAUCAGGGUGAGAUGGCUGUUCUGGGUGCGACCGAACCGGAGCAACCGAUAAUACUGGCGUACUUCCGUCUCCAGAGGAAUCCCUUAGAUCUUAUAAAGUUUUCUCAUUCCGGCAAAUUUCUGAUCGCCGCGCAGAAGGAGGCAGGCAAUUGCUAUUGCGUGGACCUGCAACGCGACGCGCGGUGGAAGGUGAUGGCCCAGCUCCGGGCGAAGGGUCGCGUCGCCGACGUGGUGCUGUACGACGAUGAAGCGCGCGGCAGCCUGAAGGUGCUCAUCCUCCACGCCAAGUACGAGCCAUUCAGCUUGGUGGGUCACCAGCUGCACGUGUACAGCGUACACCUCGUCGACGCCAGUCAACGUCUAGUCAAUGAGAUCAUUGGCAUCGUAACGCUGCCCGCGCUCUUUUACGAGCUGUGUUACGCGCCUGGCGAUUCUCAGCUGCUGAUAAGCUCGCCUUAUCUCGAACGGCAGAUACACGCGCUGAGGCUGCGAGGCUUGGAGGACGCGGCCUUGACGGACGCGGCGUUGACGGGCCAUCACGUGCGACUCGCUCGCGUCUUCACCGAUCGACGUUGGAUCGUCACGUGCGCUUACGACGGACUGGUCGUUAUCCGCGACAGAAUGAUACGGCAGAUCGCCGCCGUGGUGCCGGUACAUCACAGACUCGACUUGGGCAGCCGAAAGGCGAUUGUUAAUCUCGACGGUGACAUGGCGGUCGCGCUUGGCCACGAUGGUUCUGUGAUCGCGACGCGCGUUCGUCUUGAAAACGAAAAAAAGAGUAAAACGUCACUGACCGCGAUUGAAACCAAAAGCGUCUAUCCGGUGGACUAUGAAUGGUACGCGAAGCAAAAAAAGAAGAUACUCUCGGAUUAUGCCUCCUUGGACCCGGCGAUCCGUGCCUCAUUGACCCGAGCCAGAGUAGAUUUCCCAGCAGCCGACGAGAAAGGAUUUGGAACCUGGGAAGAAUGGCGAGAGAACGCGCAGCUGCAAGAAGAAACAAGAUUUUACGCCAAGGAGAAGGACGCCAUCGCGAAGAAUCUGGCGGUCUUGAAGGCCACCGUUAAACAGCUCCUCGAUACCAAUGAGACCUGCCCGGAGAUGGAGAAGUUACCAGUGUCCGCGUUUGACUUGAACAGAGCAGGCCGCGAUCAGAAACUGAAGACUGCGAAAGACGAGCGACAGGACGUCGGCAUGGAACUCGAACACUUCUGUGCCUCGAUGGAUCGCAUAGCCGACUGGAUGAAGGCGAUCUUCUGGGAUCCGCAGGUCGUGUUAGGUCGCUCGAUAUUCGCCUUUCGCGGUGACACGGAGGUGACAAAUUACCCGCUGGCCGAGGAGGAUCCGCAUUUCAAGGAGCACCUGCGAUGGGCGCAGUUCACCAGGGAUUCAGUGCGCAGCAUCGUCUACGACACCUUCCAACCGUGGCACAGCUACACGGACGAUCAAUUACAGGCGGAACUGAGCAAACCCGUCCGGGUGUAUCGCGAGGACGAGAGACGCAGGAUGGAUUUGCUCCUGGAAGAGGAGGAGCGUGAAAUCGAUCCUGAGGAACUGGCGGAGCUGCGGGCGGUCGAUGGCAUGACAACGCAUCGGUUCGUCGAGCAAUCGCCUUACUAUUACUCGCAAAUGGAGUCUUACGGGUUCGCGCACGUGAUGCUGGACGAUCGUUAUCUGAUGCACGACUACGGCAAGCUCCAUGCCUACUUCAACGGGCUCUUUGAUGACAUGUACGCGGCGAAGGAGCGGGAAGUGAACGUGAUAAGGGAGAGGAACGAGAGGAUACGUCAUAUCGACUCCGAGCUGAGGAUAAUGUUCGGCCAGGGUGUGCCGCGGGUUCCUGUUGAUCCGCAGUGGCAUCCCAAGGAGAAAGCAGAGAGCAUUAUUCAAGUGCUCGAUCACGAGGUCAAGGCGAGGCCGUACGUGUCGCCGUCGCAGCAGGAAAUCCUUAGCAGGCAAGCAUCGGAAGCCGAACGGAUCAGACAGUUGUUACUGGCCGACGAUUUUCGCGAGCGCGCCCUGAUGAGGAUGAUGGACGGCGUGCUGGAGAUUCGCUGGGAGGACACCAUCAGGAUAGACGUGCGCAGGCCCGCGUGCAUGCUGGAGAGACAGCCGGAGCAGUACACGUCUGACGACAUCGUGUCCGUAAGGAAGUACGAAGCGAAUGUGGAGACUCUUCGGCAGGAACGUGAGCGUUACAGAAGAAUGCUCGAGGCUGAUUACGCGAAAAUUAAUGGACUCUUGCAGGAAGGCAUCGACAAGUUCGACGCCAAGUUGAACGAAUUCUUUCAGCUGAAACUAAGAGUCGAAUCGGCAAUAAAUCAGCUAAGGCUACGGCACAUUCGCGGCCGCAUGCGUAAUCUAGCGCGGGUUGAGGCUGUGAAAGAAGAUGACAGAAUGAAACGAGAGAUAGCCGAGAAACGCCAAUACGGGAACAGGCUGGAGGAACACGCGCAGAAGCUGCACGACGUCUAUCAGGAUAUGCUCGCGCAACACGAUGCGCUCUGCACUAGCGAGAAGACGACGGUGAAGAGGCUCCAGCACGAAUUCGCUCCAUCGUCGAAGGUCAACGUCGAGCUUCUCGAACGGCAAUACAAGCGAAGGCCGCGGGUAUCCUUGAAGAACGUCGCUGCCAGCGACCUGCUCACUCUCGCAAAGUAUCUUGUAGACCACGUCAAGCCGGCUUAUUUCCCGGCCGAAUGCGCGGAUUACUCGAGAAUCCUGGAGAGUCUGGACGCGCGACCCAACGAAUUGCCGCAGUCGAUCGACGCGAGUCACUGGGCUCACCUGACGCAGUUGCGCCGUCAAAAGAUUAAUGUCGAACUGCAGAUCAAGGCUCGGCAGUUGGAAAUAGCCACGGUGGAGCGAAAGCUCGCCGUGUUCGAGAGCAAGAUCAACACGUGUAAAUCGAACGUGGCCCUCCUCAAGGAUCGAUGGAGGACAGCGAGGGACGAGCGGAUAACGCGCGAGCAGGACGCGGAGAUGCAGCUGGUGCUGAAGAGAGGUCAGGUGGAGCUGGAGUUGCGGGGUGAACGGCGCGACGCGGCGGAUGCCGUCUUGGUGCCGCGCGGAGAGAUCGAGAGGGUCAACGAGCACAUCCGCGUCGCGGGUGCGCGCAAGCUGGACGCUCUGAAGCGCACGAUCGACUUUCGCUACGGGAUGUUGUCGACGGAAUGGGAGCACCGUUGCCUCAGGACAAAGUUCAAGGAGCUAACAGAAGAUCUGCAUUUUUUGAAGAACGUGACGGCCACCCGGGACAUGCGCACCUAUCUGAAGAGGAAGGCGAAGGGACUGCGCGACGACAAAACUGCGGUGCAUCUCGAAAGAGAGAUCGAGAGCGCGAAAAAGUCUUUGAACAAGGCCUUGUCCAAGGAGACGAGUAAACUGAAGAACCUCCGGCGGAAGAUGGCUUGCCUGAAGAAGAAGAACGCCGAGCUCGACCGAACCAUCACCGAGAUGAACGUAGUGAGAUGGGAAUUGGAGUACCAGCGCGACGUCGUCGGGGAGAUGAGACAACGCGAGCACGCGGACCGGAAGACGCGUCUUUUUAAGCAACGAUCCGAUCUGGUCAGGAAGCUCCAAGACAAUUACAUCGAGCUCCUGGCGCUGCAGACCGAGCACGAGUUGUUGCGGCUGCGAACGUACCCCACGUUGGAAUAUUUCCGGACGUUGGACGAUAAGGACAAAGUGUACCAAUGA